GCCCACAACAGGACGACGGCGACGGACGACCCCUCCUCGCGGUGCCGGAAUUUGUCUCUUGCCAGAAUAACAAAUAACAAAUAUUGCGCUCCGCAUAUAAUACCAUUUCGUGUCGUUUCUCACAUUCAUAUCUCGUCGACUUUUUGCCUUGCUACGUGGUUUCUCCUCUACAUCUCCCACAAUGAGUGACUUUAACACCAUCGCUCAACAAUUUGUUGAUUUCUACUACAAGACAUUCGACGAGAACCGGAACAAUCUGGCUGGGCUCUAUCGGGACAAUUCCAUGCUCACUUUUGAAAGUGACCCCCAACUGGGAUCAGCAAACAUUACCAACAAGCUGACCUCGCUUCCAUUCACCAAGGUCCGCCACCAAGUGUCGACUCUCGAUGCCCAGCCUAGCUCUGAGCAAGGUGGUGUCCUUGUCCUCGUCACCGGUACUCUUCUGGUUGACGAAGAGGAGCGAGCUAUGAACUACACGCAAGCCUUCCAACUCCUCCCUGACGGCGCAGGCAGCUACUUUGUUUACAACGACGUUUUCCGCCUCGUCUACUCGUAAGGAGCACGCAAAACGGUAUAUGGGCCACCGAGUACCGUCAAUGGGAGAGAUAAUAGGGAGGUUAUAUUUGAUACCAAGGGUCAUCUAGCGUGACGGGGGAUAGUCUCAAGAAAACCCGGCUUGUUAGUCGGGCAGGCAUUGUAUUCUUGGACGCUGUUAAUGUGUUUGGCGGUGAUAUUGCUGUAGAAAAUCAAACCAUCAUACUGAUAUCUUGACA